AUGGAGUGGGUAUCUUGGUGGAUAGAGGACUUAGAGAGUCUGUGGUUGAGGUUUAGACGAGUGAAUGAUAGAUUGAUGAUUAUUAACUUGGUAGUUGGUGAGUGCACCCUAAACGUCGUUAGCGCCUAUGCACCGCAUGCGGGCCUGGAUGAGGAGGUUAAACAGCGCUUCUGGGAGGGGUUAGAUGAGAUUGUGCGCCAGGUUUCGCCUGCUGAGAAGCUAUUCAUAGGAGGGGAUUUCAAUGGUCAUAUCGGGUCGAACACAGGUGGUUACGGCAAGGUGCAUGGAGGCUUCGGUUUCGGGGAGGGGAACGGAGGAGGUUCCUCGUUGUUGGACUUCGCUAAGGCUUUUGGGUUGGUGAUUGCCAACUCUAGAUUUCCGAAGAGAGAGAGAAGCAUCUGGUUACUUUUCAAAAUGCGGCGGUGA